AUGGCUCGACUUCUUCGUUCUUUCUGGGAUCCUGAAGUCACCUGCCCUAGCGUCCGUGGAUAUGUCUUCUACCGCUGGCAGGAAGUCUCCGAUGCGCUGACCCUGGCCAUUAUUAAUCCUCCUGGGACGCCAGCCAGCCUUGUCGUUGCCUGUAAUGGAACACGCUUCUGCAACGCGUUCAACACCUCCGGCGCACUACUGCUCCUACCCAUUGUGGCUGUGUUCUCACCUCUGGCCGGCACCGAAACUGGCAGUAGUGGUAGCAGAGCCCAAUGCGACGGCAUAUACGUCGGCCGGCGGACACUCUCAGGGCUCACAUUGCCGGUGUCUGCCAAGCUGCAGGAGCUGGGCCACGAUAUACGGGACUUCGCCAGUUUGCCCCAGAGCACGCUGAGCCAAGCAUUUGCAGCAGCAGCCACCCCCCUAGCACAGACGAGUGAGGCCAUGGGGAGCUAUGCGUACGGCGACGUCCUGGCAGCCUUGUCGUUUCCGAUCUGGGACUCCCGUAACGUUACCGGAACGUCGUACAAUUUGAUCAGCCCAGUGAAGGAUCAGGGCAGCUGUGGCUCGUGUGUGUCUUUUGCUGUGGCCGCCAUGGCGGAGGCGGCGGUUGGCGCCGUUAGCCUUACAACGGUUAACAACAACGACUUCUCCGAGCAAUGGCUCUUUUUCUGCAACGGCAUGUUCGUCCCCUCAUGCGAAUAUGGCUGGUUCGCACGGGACGCGACCACUGUGGUCGUCAACAAAAACAUUCCAUACGAAGUCAACUUUCCGUACCUGGGCAUUCCAGGAUGCACUCUCAGGUCGCCGCCGUUGCGAUACGCUGGCGGCAUGUUUUGGAAAACAACAUUUUCAAAUUUGACGUUGGCCAAGCAACAUAUCCGUAUGUACGGCUCCGUGACAUCGUACUUUGCCGUGUACACCGACUUCCUCAGCUGGACCGCAUCGUCACCGCCGUACAUUUGGAACCGCGCAAGCUUAUUCUUGGGUUACCACCAGGUUUUGGUAAUGGGUUACAGCGAUGAAGGGUCGUACUGGAUCAUAAAAAACAGCUGGGGCACCAAUAAGGGCGACAAAGGAUACUACCGAAUUUCGUACAACGCCGGCGUUGGGUUCAUGUCCGUCCCCACCUCCACCACGGCCGCCACCUCCCACCCGUCCAUCGCCACCACUCACAAGCUCGCCGCCGCCACCGCCUUCCCCACGAAGUUUGCCUUCCCAACCCUCUCCACGCCCAUCACCAGCCCUGCGCCUGCCACCGUCCCCACGCCCAUCAUCCCCUCCACCGCCAUCCACAUCCCCACGCUCACCACCAUCUCCGCGUCCAUCGCCACGCUCACCACCAUCCCCACCGCCAUCACCAAGACAGCCGCCCUCUCCGAAUCCACCAUUGCCUCGCCCACCACCGUUAUCAGCGUUUGCGUUCUGCGGCGACGGUUUCUGCAAUGCCACAGCUCGAGAGAACUGUGCCACUUGCUUUGUGGACUGCGGCUCAUGCGCCACCUGCAAUUUCAACUCCGUCUGUCAGCCGUCACUGGGCGAGCGAUGCAUUACGGGCACUACCGGCUGCUCCGACUGCGGCACCUGUAG